UUUACAGGAAAAAGCAUGCGGAUCUUUACUUUCGAGAGUCAUGUCACCGGUUGUAAACACAUUGUGAGUUCGGCCUCCACACCGUAUGUUCCGCCUUGUGCCUGUCGUCUCACUCCACAGGUGAACAGGCGGCGAGAUGGUGCAGCUGCACGUGAAGCGUGGAGAUGAGAGCCAGUUUCUUUUCAACACCACUGUGGAGUCGCCUCUGGAGACGGUGAUCCAGCAAAUUACAGCCAUUUACAACGGGAGACUCAAGGUGGACAGAAUAUGUGCAGAGAUCUCAGAGCUGGCCGACCACGGCAUCACGCUACCACCCAACAUGCAGGGGCUGACUGAGGAGCAGAUUGUGGAGCUGAAACUUCAGGAUGAAUGGGAAGACAAGUGUGUGCCCAGCGGAGGGCCAGUACUCAGAAAGGAUGAGUUGGGGAGCAGAAACGGACACUCUCCAAAUGAUAAGAUGAAAGAGGUGUUGAUGAGAACCGUUGAGGAGGCAAAGGCGCUGAUCUCCAAAAAACAAGUUCAAGCUAAUGUUUGUUUCACCAUGGAGAUGGUAAAGGAAGCCCUGGAUCCGCUACGGGGUGCAGUCAUGAUUGUGUACCCCAUGGGGCUGCCUCCUCAUGACCCGAUCAGGAUGGAGUUUGAGGACCGGGAAGACCUUUCAGGAACACAGGCGUCUCUGCAGGUGAUCACAGAGGACGAGUGCCAGCUAUGGUGGGCUGCCAAAGAGAUGCAGAGGGGGAAAAAACUGCAGGACUACGUUGGCAAAAAUGAAAAGACCAAGCUUGUGGUCAAAAUCCAAAAGAAAGGGCAAGGGCAGCCAGCAAGAGAGCCUCUGGUCACCGAAGAGCAGCAGAAACAGAUGAUGAUGCAUCAGUACAGGAGGCAGGAGGAGCUCAAGAAACUGGAGGAGGCAGACGAUGACAGCUACCUGGACUCAGAGUGGACGGACAGACAGGCCCUCAGAAAACAGUUUCAAGGCCUCACCAACAUCAAAUGGGGACCGAGAUAAACACCUCUACGGCGAUACCACCUGGUCCUUUACAUCUCUAUAUGCAACUGACUAAGCGGCCUGAUUAUCACAAUCCUAAAAUCUGUUUAAUAUGGCUGUUGUUGAAGGUCUUUCAGCGAAAAUUAUACACAGCAGAUGUGUUCAAAUGCCUUGCAGAGGGUGUCUUUCUAGAAUAAUAUGUUCUUCGACUCCACUGAAAUGUGAAGAAGUCAUCUGGAAACAUUGUAUGACAUAUGGAGGCCAAUGUCAUUAUAUACCUGAUGUAUUUUAACUUAAAUCUGAUUCCUGUAUUUCUUUACCAGAUGUUUUCAACCUGUUGUAAAAGUUACAUUUGUAUUGAAGCUGUGCAAACUGAAUUAAAAGAAAUGUAAUCUU